GUACUUUCUUUUCUUUUGCUUUGCCUGACAGUGGCAAAAUCAACGGGCUUCUACUAAAUGAUAGCCUAGUUAAUUAUGCCUGUCAUUAUGCAAUAACUUCGAUACGCAGCGCAUUACACAUCCGGCCCCUUACUUUCCAUUCACCCCCAUAGUAAGCGCCAGAGCUAGCCGCGACUGGAAUUUCGGCCUCGGAGUUAGCACGGGUACUUCGGUGACGUUACCAUGGUAUAAUAUAACACCUCAUACCGAGCUCACAUGUGGCUCUUCCGCACAGCCGUCCAGUGGCUUAGCAAACUACAGGUGCAUAUUGCAUAAAAUCAGUCAAACUGCGUGCGCACAUUUACUAAAGUAUGGCUGUGCGAGUCCAUAAAUAGUACCACAGAUGGCGCGAUGCCGAUACCGUAUAGUACCAAUACAAUCCAGUCACUACCCUAUUGGACACAUUCAACAUCGCAACCGUCUGCUGGCGUUUUUACCGAAAUAAGCCCCCAUAACUCCUUUCUGGAAUUGCCGGAUCAUCGGAAUAGCACAUCUCCGUGUUUGCCGGACACUCUACGUACUACUUACCAAAGUAAGUAUGUUUGUUCCUAAUUGGGGUCCAAAAAGCGACCGGCAUUAGCAGGCAGACACAUUAUUACCCUACUAGUGCAGAAAUACGUCCGCCCGAGUGUUGCGAACACGUACGAGUAGUGGAGGGAUCCGGAGUGAAUCUGGUCGCUGACUGGAUCACUCGUCUUUGGUUCCAGCCAGUUUUACUGGGUUUCGCUUCUCUUGGACCCUUGGCGGGUUGAAACUUGCAACGAUCCGGGCCUCGGGCUAUGGGGCACCACUGGGCACUUGAUCAGAUCAGAUAGAGAUGAUGUGCCCGGUUUAGGUGGUCUAGAUAUCUCGUAGAUCACAGUUGGCCGAGUUAGCCUUGUCGAAUGUCAUUCUAGAAUCCUCGGGUGCUGCGCCGAAAUUAGUUCAGGGCGCACACAACCUCUUGUAUGGGGCGGGCUGUCGUUCUCUGCCUAGUAUCGGGCGGGAUGUCAGAGCUGAGGGAAUAGCCUGUCUUUCCACCUUUGAGCAUGAUGUCAACUGCAGGCAGCAAAUAAGUUCUAAAAUGCGGCAGAGGGCUGAACAUUUACCUGGGCAAUCAACAAGUAUACUUGGUCAUUCCUCG